AUGACAAGCGAAAUAAUUGCAGCUGACCCGACCCUGCACUAUAGUACCGACGAACACGCCCCAGAUGACUGGCAAUCAGAAACGACGUCUCUUGCUUCGGCUAUCUACAGGGGACUAGUGGAGAAUGGUCGGAGAUACCAGACUCUCCGCCCAAACGGCUCUCAUGUCCCUUCGGAUGAUCAGAUGUUUGAAACAUAUGAAGCAAGCCAUCUUUUGGCUCUGAUUAUGGAUUUGGAAGAGGAGAACCCGUUCUUUAGAUCGCCGGUGGGGAAAGACCCGAAGCACAUUCUUGAUAUCGGAACUGGAACAGGCUCAUGGGCGAUCGAUGUUGCUGAUUUGUUCCCCAAUGCGACCGUGCGUGGUGUGGACCUGUUCCCACCCCCAGUAUCCUGGAUACCUCCCAAUUGCCUCCUAGAGGUGGACGACAUCCUUCAGCCUUGGACAUGGCGUGAUGAAUUUGAUCUAGUUCAUCUCCGGCUGCUCGACUCAGCAUUCACACCGGUGGAAACAGAUCAUCUUUACAAACAAUGCUACGACCAUAUUAAAUCCGGAGGAUGGAUCGAACAGCUCGAAAUGAGUUCAUUUAUCGAAUGCGAUGACGACAGCGUUCCUGAAGACAGUCUGCUCUGGAGCUGGGGUCCCAGAUUCACUCUUGUAGCCGAUAAAGCGGGCAAGCCUCUCGGUAUUAUGCGCACUUUCAGAGAGUCGAUUGAGAAAGCUGGUUUUGAGGACAUCCACACCAAAGAAUACAAGUGGCCCAUCGGAGCCUGGCCGAAAGAUAAGGGGUACAAAGAAGCUGGCGCUGUUAACUUCCAACACUGGCUGUCGGGUAUGGAAGGCUACGGUAUGUGGCUUCUAACCAAGUUUGGGGACCCGGUUCCUUGGACAAAGGAAGAAGUACAGGUCUAUGUGGCCAAGAUGCGGAAGGAAUUGAGCAACCCUCGAUUUCAUGCCUACCACAGAGCACGAAGAAUCUGGGCGAGGAAGCCUCUUCACGGCGUCGACAUCACGGCUGAACCUUCCUCUUGA